GAAAUAUGGCUAACAAUAUUUCAUUUAAGUAGUUGUAGUUACAUUCACUGUUUCUGGAUAUACUUGAUCGGACCAAACAUGAAGCCGAACGCUAAAAAACUGAAGCUCAAGCGCAAAACAGCUAGAUCUAAACGGGAAGCAAAAGCUAAGCGGUUACAUCAAGUUUCCUCUGAUGAGCAGGAAGCACAUGGGAAAGUUAGAAAGCGUCGAAAACUGAGACGUAAAAGACGGAAAGUUAAAACAAAACCUGCUCAAAUUGUUCCCAAAUUGGAACCUAAGACCAAGAUCAUUGAUGCUGAUGAAGAUAUAAUAGAUGGAUUCAGUAUUCGAAGUUUUUCAACCAUGGAGGAUAUGCAGCUGGCUUUCAACUCAUCUACUGCAAACGUUUGCGUCAACUCUUCUUCCUCCUCAAACAUAGAUACAAGGAUUCCUAAUUCAAGUAAUGAAUCUACUAACGGUGCUAGAGCACAUACGAAGCGCAGCAGUUCUCGCGAGAGCGUUACGUCGCGAUCAAGUGCCGGGGAUGGCUAUCUUGGCGAAUCUGAAAUUAGUGAAGGGCCUGAUCUGGAGAAUUCUGAUAUGGAUUUAUUCAGGCCAGCUCCGAAAAUAUUUUUGAAGCCGAAAAACCAGACUUUCGCUGCAUCAUUACCUGGGUCAAGUAAUAAACAUUUACCUAUUACAUCACAAAGGGUAGAAAUGUCUCGCCCACCCCCACCAUUAGUGCAAGCUCCGCCACUUAGCAGUACGCAGCCAGCCCAACGCCAUAUACCUCAAGAUGUAAAGCAUGCUGUGCGGCACCACCAACAGCAAGCCCCACUACAUCGCCACACCGGUUCAACUACCACUUAUCCAUCCCGUGACCCUACCCAUACUGGUAAAAUACCAAGCGCAAUCUAUGGAAGGCCGGUUACAGAAACACCAGAUCGUGGUCGCCCUAGACUUAGUCCUCAUUCUGGCAGAAUAUACCCUCGCAACAACUCAACUCCUCAACAGUCAACUCAUAGCAGUAGUGGGAAACUGCGCAGCCCUCCGUCAAAAUCAUUACAACUCUAUAACCCAAUUGGUGCUCAUGACCAACAGAACUAUUUACGUGCGGAAUUAAACAGUCGUUUCUUGGCGUCAGCGAAAGGGAGUGAGUCGCCUCAGCCAGCUACAGUGCGUGCUGAGAUACAUCAACACCAACACACGCACCAGCAUACCCACCAACAUACAAUUACUGCCCAGCCUUACCCAGAACAGCAACAAUACCCAUCCACGCCUUCCUACCCCAGUAGAGCCCCACAGUAUCAACAAACAUCAUCUUUCCGUCCAGGACACGCCCUUCCCACACCCUACCACCAUUUAUUCAAUUCAUCUGUAUACGGCCAACACACACCUGCCCCAUUUGUGGAUCCUAUGAUGGCUCUCCCGUCCGCCGGUCCUAAUUUGGGGUACCAAAAUCUUGGAAUGCCCCCAUUUAACCCUCUUCUUAACCCUGGUACCUUUACCUCUAAUUUGCAUGGUGCGUUCCAGCCAAAACAGCUUGCCCCUCCACCUUUAAUUAAAGCCCCAACAAGUUCGCUGUUUCGUAGACCGAAUAAAGGUCGUUGGUGUGCUGCACAUGCAGUUGUGGCUUGGCAGAUCCUCAAGCACCAAAGGAGGCAAAGUAGUGAUCCCUCUCAAAAAUUGGAUCUCGUGGCUCGUGGUGCUAAUUCCUCACAGCGUACUGCGUUUCAAUCUCACCCACAGGGUGGGAGUAAAGAUCAGUCUUCUUCUAGCAAGUACGCAGCUUUCGGAGGUCUCGGACAAUCUUCUCAAAGCGAGCAUUGGGACAGGAAGAGGACGCAUACAGAAGAUAGGGACCGAUACAGAGAAGUACCAAGUUUGCGGGGACGUUCUCCAACUAGUCAUCGUUCGAGGAGUCCAGUUCAAGGUCAUCCCCAUGGUGAUAGAGGUCAUCAACAAAGCGACAGAAAUCGCAGCCGUAGCCCGAUGCGACGGCAAACGCAAUCCAUUCAUGGUCAUCCUUCAUCUCACGUUCCAAGUGUACAGCCUUCGUCAUUACUCCCAAGUGGACACUCGAUGUCACACUUACCGGGACAUUCAAAGUUACCCCCACACCCAACUGCCCCACAUAUCCCUAGUGGGGCUGUACCCCACCCGUUAUCUGGAUACCUGCAAGAACAAUUACAGCCUCAGCACUCAAGAAUGACCGAGCUUUCACGUCCACCUGACUUUUUACUCCCAGGGUUAGCAGCAGCGGCUUCUCCCUACACCCGCCCUCCAGUUAUGUUCCCCCCUGACCAUUUAGCUGCUGCUCUGUACCAGCAGCCCUUAUAUCGCUCUGGGCUUUAUACUCACCAAGCCCCCAUGUACCCCGGUUUUCCCCCUCAAAUGGCGUUACAUAACCCCUAUCGCCCCGCAAACCCUUAGGAAUUCACCCUAUUAAAUGAGGUAAUUGAUUUUUAAAUAUGAAAAGUAAAAUGUAGUUUAAGGCAAGUCAUUUAUUUCUCUAGAACCAUAUUCAAAACACAAAUAAAUAUAUAUAAAAAUAGGAAUGUAAAUAUAAAUGCGCGAAGCCAGUAAACCAUUAAAAAAUAGCAGAAUUAUAAUUAUGGCCCAUAUUUAUAACUAUUUAAUUAUGAUCUCCAGUUUUUCUCUAAAAUAAUAUCACAUAUUCUAAAUCUUUAAACUUGUUCAAUGAGCCGUGUAAUUACGGCACAUUUUCAAAAACUGUUCAGCUAUCAAAUACAAUUACAGUC